GGUAACCAGAGUGUGGUACUGUCCCUUCUAUGCACUGAGAAAAGUUGUGAUCCUCCAAGAGCGCAACAAGAAUAGCCUUAGCCUUGUAGUUAUUCCAGCGAGGAGCCCUGAAGCAAAUUGCCUUCUGACAAGCAAUGACCGAAAAGUACAGAUGAGUGACUGAACUAUUUAUAAUCUCACAAUAAUUAUGCAGAGCUCGUUGCAGAGCUGUUUAUGAGCAGCUGCUCCUUCCUGGUGCCCUUCUAAGCUGAACUGACAACUGCCUUCAAGCCCCUUCCUGAACACACAGAGAGAAAAGGGCUUGUCUCUGCCAAGGGCCCAAAAGUGUUAAAAUACAUUUCUAGUCCUUGUGUUGUGUAAAGAUGUAUCUGGAGUCCAGGUUGCUCUGGAGGUGCCAUCAGGUAGAACCCCUGCAACCUGUCAGUUCUUUCCUAUUUCAAAUGUGAUCACCAAGGACUGCCAAGCCAGGUCCAGCCUGACGAAGUGUUACCUUUUCUUUACCAGCUCAAUGUGUUGUUCAACCCAGCCCAGUGCAAUGGCCGAGGAGCUUUAGCUCAGUGCCCCAGGGGUCUGUGCCCUGUAUCCCCUUCUCUCUGCUAGCUCUCAGCUGUGCUGGGCAUCCUAUUUGGAGCACAGCAGACAGAGAUUUGGAAGUUUAUAUGGAGCUGCCCUUUCCAGCAGUCAACUAUGAUCAGGAUGACUUUACAAGUGUCAGAGGCUUUGACUGCUCAGAAAGGCCCUGUGUUAUCCUACGUCUUCAGUGUAUGUAGGUCUGAUGAAACAAUAGCCCCUGGGUCAUAUACAAGUGGAUACACACAAAAAACUUGUCUAUUUGUCUCAGUUUCUGCAAUGCACCAUAACUCACUCAGAGUAAACCAGGAAUGUGGUACAUUGACUACUUCUGUGGUCACUGAGGGCCUGUUUGUGGCCGGGAGAUAAGGUGGGUGUGGAACACACCCAUGUCUGCCCUUUUCUCUGAGUGAUAUCCUGUGUUAUCUGGGAUACCUGCACGGUGCAGGGGGUGGUUUGACAGGGGCACACGUCGUGAGUGUAAAUAAAGAAACUGAAAUAAAUAUUGCCAUGAUUAAAAAAGCUGGUCUCAUCAGGAGCUGGCUUGAUAUUCAUUUGGUAAAAUGGGAGUCAGAGAAAUCAGACUAGGAAAGGACAUUGCUAAUCUCAAACCUUACACUGCACCCAUCCUGUAACAAAGAGGUUCCCCUGGCAGCUCACUGAGGUCCUCUUUCCUAUGAGUUUGAGCUCUGCUGUCUCAGGGGAUGCCCUGAGGAAAAGGAGUAUUUUUAAAGACCAGGCCAAUGUUGUGUAGUCAUGAGAAAGUAGUUGCAGACUCCUUCCCUAUCGCAUUGCAGUUCUGACCCAGUUUUGCAGCUGUGGAUGUAUUUUAUUUGGCAGACUCCUUGUAGAUACUUGCCUUCCUAUUUCACGGCUCUGUUCUUCCCACCACAGUUCUGGAGUAACACAAUCCCACUGCAGCAUGGUGGGCAACAAGGAGGGCCCUCUGCCAUGACUUUGUCUUGGUUCAGCACAGCACAUGAGCCCAGGUGAUGCCAUGGGUCUCAAAAGGGUCCCACCAUGCAUUUGACUGCAGCCUGAGAUCUGUUAAGUGAAGUACUUUCAUGAGGUUAGGUUUGAAAAGGAGGGACAAGUGUAGAAUAUAUAUAUCUUUUAUUUGAAUCAGCUCUGUCUUGCCUUCCCCUCUGUCGCAGUGGGUGGCUUAAAGGUCUUUGUUGUGCUUGAGUGACAGGCUGUUUUGGUAUGUAGUUGCUUAGUAAGUUCAUUAACCUGCAGCUAAAUCCAGGCAAUGGCUAACUCGAGCUGUUUUGAUAUUUAAACAAACUGCAUCUAAUCUUUCCAAUGUAUUUUGCUGAGCAUGUACUUAAAUAAGCAUGACCCUGCAGUCUUUGUCUUGAAUGCUUCGUGUUUGAUAAUUGUGAUGAUCGGAAAGAUAUAAUUAAGGGAUUCUUAAUUUUCCAUAAUUGGGGUACUCCAGGUUUUCAGAUGUCAUCCUGGCAACCAUUUUGGCUACAAAGUCAGAUAUGUGUGGCAAAAAAUUUGAGCUGAAGAUUGAUAACGUUCGCUUUGUUGGCCACCCUACGUUGCUUCAGCAUGCCCUUGGGCAGGUAUCCAAAACGGAUCCUUCACCAAAGAGAGAGAUGCCCACCAUGAUCCUCUUCAAUGUUGUGUUUGCCCUAAGGGCCAAUGCAGAUCCAUCAGUGAUAAACUGCCUACACAACCUUUCCCGUCGGAUCGCCAUCGUCUUGCAGCACGAGGAGCGCCGCUGCCAGUACCUGACCAGGGAGGCCAAACUCAUCUUGGCUAUUCAGGAUGAAGUGUCUGCCAUGUCAGAAACUACGGAAGGGCCACAGUCACCUUUUCAUCACAUCCUGCCCAAGUGCAAACUGGCCAGAGAUCUCAAAGAGACUUAUGACAGUCUCUGUACAACAGGAGUGGUCCGGUUACAUAUCAACAACUGGCUGGAAGUGAGCUUCUGCCUGCCUCAUAAAAUCCAUUAUGUUGCAACAAAUUUUAUUCCCCCAGAAGCGAUUGAGAGAAGCCUGAAAUCUAUCAGGCCUUACCAUGCCUUAUUACUUCUAAAUGAUGAGAAGUCAUUGCUUAAUGAGCUCCCCUUGGACUGCUCUCCUGCCCUGGUGAGAGUAAUUAAAACUACCUCUGCUGUGAAGAAUCUACAGCAGCUGGCUCAGGAUGCUGACUUAGCAUUGCUGCAGGUUUUCCAGCUUGCUGCACAUCUCGUUUACUGGGGAAAAGCAAUUAUUAUUUAUCCGCUGUGUGAGAAUAAUGUCUACAUGCUUUCACCAAAUGCCAGUGUCUGUCUUUACUCUCCACUGGCAGAUGCAUUUUCCUGUCAGUUCCGGGGCCACAAUCUGCCGUCGAUGCUCUCCAAGUUCUCCCUCCCAGUGUCACUCUCAGAGUUCAAGAACCCCCUUGUGCCGCCUGUGCAGGAGACUCAGCUCAUUCAAAUGGUGAUAUGGAUGCUCCAACACCGGCUCCUCAUCCAGCUCCACACGUACGUCUGUCUGAUGGUGCCCCCGAACGAGGAGGAAUUCCGUGCCCAGGAUGAAGACAUGCCCUUCACCGCCAGAGUUGGAGGCCGAAGUUUAAGCACCCCCAAUGCUCUUAGCUUUGGUUCUCCAACUAGCAGUGAUGACAUGACUCUGACAAGUCCCAGCAUGGAUAAUUCCAGCGCUGAGUUGAUACCUGGCGGGGACUCACCCCUGAAUAAAAGGAUGACAGAGAAUCUCCUGGCAAGCUUGUUGGAACACGAGCGGGAAGCGAUCCUCAAUGUCCCCGCUGCCCAAAAUCCAGAAGAUCUUCGCAUGUUUGCAAGGCUGCUUCACUACUUCCGAGGCCGACACCAUUUGGAGGAGAUCAUGUACAACGAGAACAUGCGGCGCUCGCAGCUGUUGAUGCUGUUCGACAAGUUCCGCAGCGUGUUGGUGGUGACCAGCCACGAAGACCCGGUCAUCUCAGUUUUUCAGUCCCUCUUGAAAUGACUGAUGGUGGAAACCUGCCGCGUUGUUGAUGUCCUACAAGAUGCCUAAGAAGUAAGGGAUGAACCCAGUUCCUUCUCAGCACACGGAGCAGCUCUCCGCUGCUGUGCCUCUGUUUCACCCCUUCUCCAUGUGUGACAGCACAGUUCUCCUUCCCAGCCUGGAUUCGUCCCAUGCCACACUCACAUCACAGGAGCUGCUGUCCCGCAGACCUUCCCUGGUGUAACUCCUUCACUGGGGCUAUUGGGAUAGGUGAGAGUGGUCCAUGACUUUGCAGUGUUACUGAGUGCGGGUGGAUGCUUUGCACCAGAGAUGCUUUCCCUGCUUUCCACCUCCACGUAGCAGCAGGCACCGCUCACGAGCAGCCUGACCCCACUGCUUGUCCUCUGCUUAAAGGCAGAGUGAAGUUGGCCUGGCUUUUAGGGGAGCACUCCUGGCUACUGAGGAAUUAAUUCUGACUGAUUGCUGUUAUCUGGAAGCAGUGGGGGCAUAAAUAGGACUGCGAAGGAUCACAAGUAAACAGUGUCGUGAAUGAAAAUGAUUUGCUUUCCUUGUUACAGCUUUCCUGUCCCCAGAACCCUUAUUACAGAGUGUCUGUAAUUGCUGUCAGCAGGCAGCCCAUUUGUUGGCCAAUUUGCAGGUCUGUUUUUAAUUGUGGUGGGAGGAAUUUGGUUGGCUCUGAGGACUGAACCUGGCUGGCUUUGCUGCAGGUGCAGCUUUGUUUCAGUUCCCCAAAGCUGCAGACUAAUGACAGUCAUGCUCGUCACUCUGGGGCCUGUUUUGUUGCUCUGUGCCCUCCCCACUAUGGCUGCAGGGAAGCAGAGUAGGGAGCUGACCUGCUUUAAAGCUGUCUGGAUGAAAAACAAGGUACAGGGAUGUGCAUGGCUCCACCUCUUGAUGUGGUCCAGCGAGAUCCAAGCAACUGUUAGGCCCAGCUGCAGGGCUUGGUGCCACACGUGCAGGGCAAGCUGCCAGCAUGGCUGCAAUUCUAUGGAUUCUCCACUGAAUCCUAUUUUUUCCCUCCUCCUGUACCUCAUGGCAGGUUGUAGCUCUGCACAAAAAGCUGCGAGGCAGAGAUCUCAGCGUUGGUUCUUUCUCUAUGGUCAGGGUCCCACACUUGGAAGCUUUGAACUGGUCCCAAAAGCAGCUGGAAAAAUAAACAACGCAAAAAAA